UGAGUCUGGCUGGCAUGGGGGCUGGCACUGCACAGCUGGAGCUCCUGAUCCCUCUUGAGGCGAAAGGACAGAAGCAGACUUUCAGGGCUGCCUGAGGUUGUGAAGAGAAGCCUCACCCAGCCUGCAAUGGGGAGCAGUUCAAGCCAGCAGCCAGGCGUGGAGAAUAGUGACGGGGAUGCUUCCCAGGCCCUCUUCUUCCACCCCUUCACCCAUGGCUCCCAGGUCCUCCUGGAUGAGUUCCACCAUGUGGCUGAGCGGGCCAGCAGCUUCCAUGAUGGCAUCAUCUUCACCAACCGGCCCAUCCAGCUCCACGAGAAGGUGAUGCUGAAGAUCUUGAAGAAGGAGGCCCGUUGGCAUGGGGGGCUGAGGGUGGGCUUCACCUCCAUGGACCCCUCCAAGAUGGACCCUCGUCACCUCCCUCCAUUUGCAUGCCCCCACCUGGUCAUGCAGGGGAAAACCUGGGCUGCAGUCCUGCCAGACCAGUGCAUAAAGGAAGGCACCAUCCUCACGUUCUGGGUGGACCACAGAGGCAGAGUUUUCUUCCGCAGCCAGCAAGAGGCCCGGAAUUUGCCCCUGCUGAAGGGCGUCCCCGUGAAUGGCCAUCUCUGGGCCAUCAUUGAUGUCUAUGGACAGACCAAGGCAGUUCAGAUUCUGGAUCCCACAAGGCCCAGUGGAGGCAUCUGUGAUCCUGCCCCAGCCCCCAGGCCGUCGUAUCCUGCCAGGCCUCAUGAGGUAGCAUGCAGAGAUUACAGCUCUCUCCCAGGAGGCGACGUGGAGGAGUGUGUCAUUUGCCGCUCACACGAGGCCAAUGCUCUGCUGCAGCCCUGCGGCCACGCCACUCUCUGCCACUGUUGUGCCCAGGAGGUGUUCCACAAAAACCAGCCUUGCCCCUUCUGUCGGGAGAAGAUACAGGACAUCGUCCAGGUCAUCCCGGGAGCUCCAGCUCCUGGAACACGUCCGCCUGUUGGGAAUCAACCAUGUCCAGGCGGAUGGAUGGGCGGGGGCGGGGGGGUUUCUGAAACCUGCCCCAGUGAAGGAUAGAGCUCCUCCCCCCAGCACAACCCUGCUGCUGGCUCCCCUUGCUGUGGGGGUCUUGGCCGUGCCUUCUCCCCCGUCACUCUCUGCACCUUGCACAGGUGAUGACUCUCUAAUACUCUCCCCGGCCA